AAAGGGGCUGAAAAUCAUUUCCCAUGUUUCGAAAACUCUUUUUUCUGCAGCUCGAAUGAGGUGUCGGGGGCCGUCUGCGCUGGCUGUGGUGUCUGUGAUGUCACAGGCAGAGAGUCCUGCAAGCAGGUCUGAAGAGGAAGCGCCACUUCAUUGCUGUUAUGACAUCUGGCGCAUGAAGCAGAGAAGCAGAGGAGACGCACUCUGAGGCACCAGCGCUGUCGAGCUCAUUAGCCCGGAGCGGAGGACAAUAAACAAGCCGCCUGGUGUAGCCGGGAAUUGACGGGUCAGGGAUUCAAAUUUCCAGAGAACAAGUGUCUAGGAGGGAUGGAGAGCAACCUCACCAAGUGUCCGAGCAUCGACAACUUCCGCAACCAGGUUUACUCCACGUCCUACUCCCUCAUCACCCUGCUGGGCUUCGUGGGCAACGGGUUCGCUCUGCUGGUGCUGUUCCGGAGCUACCGCCAGAGCACCCCUUUCCACGUCUACAUGAUCAACCUGGCCCUGUCUGACCUGCUGUGCGUCAUGACGCUGCCGCUGCGGGUCCUCUACUACGUCAGGCAGGGCCGCUGGUACCAAGGGGACUUCCUGUGUCGCAUCAGCUCCUACUUGCUCUACGUCAACCUCUACUGCAGCAUUUACUUCAUGACCGCCAUGUCCAUCACGCGCUUCCUGGCCAUCGUUUACCCCGUCAGGAACCUGCAGCUGGUGACGGUGAACCGCGCCCGGGCCGUGUGCGUGGGCAUAUGGCUGUUCAGCAGCCUUUCCUCCUCGUCCUUUUUGAUGUCCGGGCAGACUUUCGACAAAGCCACAAACACAACCAAGUGCUUCGAGCCGCCCCAGACGUCGGGCAAGUACCUGAAAAAGCUGCAGACGCUGAACUACGUGGCUCUGGUGGUGGGUUUCAUCCUGCCCUUCCUGGUGAUCCUGAUCUGCUACGCCGGCAUCGUCCGCACCCUGCUGUCCCGCAACCUGGUGGCCAACCGGCAGCAGAACUCGGCCGCCAGGGCCAUCCGCAUGAUCGCCGUGGUGCUGCUGACCUUCCUCACCAGCUUCAUGCCGUACCACGUGCAGCGCACCCUCCACCUGAGCUUCCUGGCCCGGCAGGACACCACCUGCUCGGAGCGGGUGGCCAUGCAAAAGUCGGUGGUGGUCACGCUGUCCCUGGCGGCCGCCAACUCCUGCUUCGACCCGCUGCUUUACUUCUUCUCCGGAGAGGGUUUCCGCAGCCGCCUGUCCUCCCUGCGCCGCACGGUUAGGGCCAGCUCCACGAGCCAGGUCAAGCCCAAGCCCGUCACCACCUCAGAGGCCGGGGAAAACCACCAUGUUGAGUGCAGUUAAAUGGAAACCACGCACAGGGAGGGCAUCAGACAAGCAGACCGGGAAUGCGUCUGCAAGCUCAGAAUGGUUACAGCUCUCGUUGGUUCGAUGAGCAAGAAAUUAUAAGGGAAAUACGAUGAGAGGGGGAAUAUAAACAGUUUCAGGUUUAAUAAAAGCAGCUAUGCUCUGGAUUCAAAUGUAUUCAUUCAGUAAACAAGCUUCACAAGGACAUUCUUCAAUAAUAUUUAUUCAUCCAGGACACAUUUGUUUAAUGUUGUACUACUAUGAUAUGACAAUCAUUGCUAUACCAAAAGCACUCAUAUAAUGACCUUAUAUAGAUAUGUAGAUGUUCUGAUCAGUGGCAUUAUCUGUGAUAUCUGACGGGUUAUUGUCAGUGGUUUCAAACAACAGAGAUAUUAAAAUUUAAAUUUGUGUAAUGUCCUGUGAAAUAAUUCAAUGUAAAUGUUGGAGAUAUUUAUUGUGCCUUGUUCUUGAUCUACUGCUGUUCUUUAGUAUUCCCCCUUGUUUCUCACAGUGGGGUGUCACGUGAGAUUGCUAGACUUCUCUCUGAUGUGUUUUUUUUCUAAGGUGUUUGUCUACUGCUCUGCUGUGCAUGCUUCUAAAGUUUAAAUUUGACACGCACUGAGGACAAAUAUUAGGAUUUGAAAGUGUCCCAGUUGAAUAAACAGGGCAAAAGCAUUUGUUUGCCAUGCCCUUUACGUUUGCACACAAGAUAUCAACACACUGUUUAGUUUCGGUGGAACCAAGGCAGGUACGCCACCUGUCAUCUCUAAAAACUGGUGCAAGCCCAGCAGCAAGUCGAGUGUAUCAGGAAUAUAGUGCUUAAUGGAUCCUUAUAGCUUGAAUUUUGUAUUCUUGUGUGUUUGUUUUUUGUAUUAUUAGCUUCACCAUGAUACUUCCUAUAGCCACUUAAGUCAAUUUAGGUCGUGGAACAGAUGGAACUUGUCCUGGCCUCUAUUGGGCAAACGCCAAUUUCCACCUUAAGGUAGGGAAAACAAUCAAUUCUCUUCCAAGGUAAGCUUAUUGUAAACCUUACAAUAAGUUGCUGCAAACCUCUUAAGAACUGCUUCAUGUACAAAUGAAAAAAUGCAUUAAAAAGAAACGGCGAC